UUACACAGAGGUUCAAGUGGACGGACAUGGACAACUUGUUGAGACAACUGGUUCGGGGGAAGGCCCUGCUCUUUAUCAUAGUUCUUGGGCUGGGUGGAUGCUUCCAGGUUGGAUGCCACAACACAUUAAUUAGCUCGCCAUCUCCGUUCAUUAAGAGCUUUAUAAACAGCAGUUGGACUCAGCGCUAUGGAGAAGCUCCAGGAGAGAACACAAUCACAUUCAUAUGGUCUGCUAUAGUGUCUGUCUUUGCUUUGGGAGGACUUCUGGGCUCCAUCAGUGUCCGGUGGGUCACCAACCUACUGGGGAGAAAGAGAGCUAUGAUCUGGAACAACGCAAUCAAUGUUGUAGGUUUAGGCAUCAUGAUCAUCAGCAAACCCGCAAACUCGUUCGAGAUGAUCCUGAUCUCUCGCUUUUUCUUUGGUUUCACCUCAGGUUUAGGUGGGAACCUCCAUGUCAUCUACCUUGGAGAGAUCUCACCCAAGAAAAUAAGAGGGAUGGUCACACUCACUGUCGCCACCUUUAAAGCUGUCGGAAAACUGACAGGGCAGUUUGCAGGUCUAAGUGAGAUCCUGGGUCGGGAGGACUGGUGGAACAUCCUGCUCUGUGUCCCAGCCUUUUUCUCCAUAAUUCAGAUGGUAACGCUGCCUUUCUUCCCUGAAGCUCCAAGAUACUUACUGAUAGAGAAGGGCAACACUGAACAGUGUAAAAAAGCGCUGCAGUGUCUGUGGGGUCCGGGGGACUACAAGCUGGAGAUUGAGGAGAUGCGCCUAGAGCAGGCGUCUCUGGGAGGAGAGCGCAGUAAGACUCUGCUGGAGCUGCUGAGGGACCAGAGCGUACGCUGGCAACUUCUCUCAAUGUUCGUCAUCAAUGGAGCUAUUCAGUUCGGUGGCAUCCCAGCGGUCAGCGUCUUUUCUUUCAGCAUCUUCCAGGAGGCGGGAAUUCCUGUGGAAAAGAUCCGUUACGUCACUCUGGGGGUGGGGGUAUCUGAAAUCCUCACCAACAUCACAUGUGGUCUGCUGAUUGACCGUGUGGGCAGGAGAGUGCUGCUUUGGGCAGGUUUUGGUUCCAUGGCGGUCAUUAUGGCACUGAUUACCGUCAGUCUGGAGCUAAAGGAUUACUCUUUCUGGAUUCCGUACAGCACUGUCGCCCUCGUAUUCCUCUUCGUCAUCUGUUUCGGAGGAGGACCAGCUGGGGUGGUGCCAUCAUUCAGCCACGAGAUAUUUGUCCAGUCGUAUCGCUCUGCAGCGUUUGUGUUCAUUGGAAUCAUGACGUGGGCCGGUUUCACUGUGCUAGGAUUUAUCUUCCCUUUCCUUCUGGCCGCUCUGAAGUCCUUCAGCUUCACGCUCUUCUCGUGCGUCUGUUUGGCCGCGUCGCUCUACAUUUUCUUCACCCUCCCAGAAACGAAGGGCAAAACUCCCCUGGAAAUCUCUGAGGAGUUCAGGAACAUCAGAAUAUGUGGCUCUUCCACUGACGACAAGUGCUUGGAGACGAGACUGUGAAAAACAAACGGGACAGAAGUGGAGUUUUUCUCUUGUUCACUUUACUACUGAACUGCUAAA